AUGGAUGACGACGACACCUUAAUCGCCGGUGGAAGUGAGGAGCAGCAGCCAUGUUCCUCUAUCAAGCUCGAAAAUACGGACAUGAUCGAUGUUUCAAGAAAACAGCCAGACGUUAAUGCAUCGGCGUCACUGGCUGUCAAAAAAAACGACCACGGAAAACGGGUGUUGCAAACCGCGACUACUCACACCCUAUCUGAUGCAGGACGAAAGUUGGUGGUUGACACAGUAGCCUGGUUCCACUUACUCAUUGGAAGGAAGACCACGGCGGAAUCAAUAAGCGAGCUCGGCAACGUUAUAAUCCUAGUUAUAAUCCAUGUUUUCAUGAAAGAGUUCAAGCACACGUAUUACAUACCAAAAGCCGGUCGAUCCAAUCCAGCUGGAAAAUUGUUCAGCAGGAUAGACUACAUAAAACAGUCGGAACGUAAGAAGAUUAAAAUAGAAGACGAUCACCUCACUGGCGCAGGUGAAGAAAAACCCAGAUUGCAAGAUCUGCCAGCUGAAGUUAUAGCAGCAGAACAGUGGCUGGCUAUAAAUGUUGCUCCUUGGCAAACGGUACUUCACUUGCGGGAAGUAAGCUAUCCAGCUAGAAAGCGAUUGCUAAAGAAAUUCUGACAGGCUCAGCGUGUAAUCGCAAGUUAUCCUCAGUUCCGAGAAGAAUUUGGUUAUCAACUGGUAAGCACUUUGAAUUCAUGAUUUUUAUCAAUACAUUCGCACUAUGGACUUACUUUACUGAUCAGGUUAAGGCCGGGGUGGCAUCUGCUGUACAUAGUAGCCGUCUCCAUUCCACUCGGUCCAUGGCUGUUUGUCUCCAGUUCCGCACUCUGCGUAGGGUCCGCAGAUCGUCCUCCACUUAAUCGACCCACCUAGCUCGCGGCGCACCACGUCUUCUGGUACUGGUCGGAUGACUCUCGAGGACCAUUUUAGUCGGGUUGCUAUCCGACAUCCUGAUGACGUGACCCGCCCACCGUACACAGCAAAUAAUUUUGUAAAAUCCAGGCGCGUAAUUUCUGGCGAUGUAUCCAUUUUUGAACGUAAUUUCAUUCGGUUACAUCGUUUUCCAACAUUUAUCACACUCACCAUGUUCACCCUGGUUGGCACCGGAAAGUGUCAACAAACCCAUUCCAGCAAAUACUCGGAGGCAGUAUCAUAUUUAUAUCCUAACUUCUAACUCGGUGAAAUAGCCGAGAGGUAAGGGAUAUACCUCACAAUCAACGGAUCAGUGUACGAAUCCAUGCCAAUAUUUUACUUAUAUAUGAUUCAUCUAAAGAUCCGGUUCUAGCGAUUGCUAGACCCACUCUCAAGCUGCGGCGGCUAUUUGUUGCAUGAAAAUGAUGUAAUUGUUUACAUCACUUCUACGACGCGACUGAUGUGCAGCGAAAAUGAUGUGAUAUCACCAUUUUUUUUGCUGUGUAGAAUCCCGAUUUUCGCGGUAUGGACGUGUAGGAAUUCUUCGUUUAAAUUAAAUAAUACAUUUUUCAUAUUCCAUUCAGAAUUUCUUUUAUUUUUUUCAAGCCAACUACAACACGACGUUUCUUCACUACGUCUUUCACAUAACUGAUUCUUUCUCUCCUGUGAAACCGUGAAAAUCCCCUUACGUAAUAAAUGGACAGCCCCCAAGGUAAGCACGAUUUCUUGGCACAAUGCGCCUCUGAAUUUCUCUGCUGGUGUCAUUGUCGGCGGUCACCAGUGAGCCUAAGUACACGAAUUCUUCAACCGCCUCGAUUUCAUCACCGUCGAUAUAAGUUCCGGCCGGCGGGUGCGGUGAUUCCUCCCUGGCAGUCUUGCAAAUUUUCAAUGUCAGCCAACAAAAUUCGUUGAAAAAAUCCACAGUGUAUCACUCUUUUCCGCUUUACCCAACAGAGUCCGAUAACGAAGCGAAAGCUCUAAACCGAAAGCUUUCGCUUCUGUUCAUUCACUGUUGCUCCGAAAUGUCUCACUGUGAGUUCAUUAUUGCCGAAGACUCAAAGAAUCCGGAUCAGGUUCAUUUUCAGUUUCACAGGCACACUACUGAAAUUGAAAAUAGAACACUGUAGCUUUCAUUCUACAUGGAUGAAAGGGUCUUUUAACAGCUUUGGAAGCAGCCUGCAGUUUGUUCCAUAACAGCAACAAGCAGCUAGCAGCGUGGAGGUGGAUAAGUAUUGCAAACUUUUUAGAUAUCACUACGUUAUUCGCGGUGUUCUUUUGAGGAAACUACGUAAAAAUCUGUAAAUACUGAACUGGGGGAAGACAGAGAAAAUAGGUAGAGAAGCGAAUAGUGUGAAGUCAAAAAUACCUUAUCGAACCGUCAAACUGGUAUCCUAAUGAACAAAAUCAACAAACCUUGACGAUUGCCGCAUGAGUAAAGAUAAGUAUUGCAUUCGUUCCAAACAUAUUUUCACAAAAGUUUCCAAAUAUCAUGGAUGACAGUGCAAACAACAUUGAUUCCUUGAAUUAAUGAAAAUUGUUCCAUUUUGGAACAUCAGUUUGAUCAAGUCUAGUUAAUAAAACAGAAGUAUAAAUAGUUUUCAAAUGCGGUAUGCGAGAUAGGAACUACCUUCGAUGGGUGGAUCAAUCUGCUUGCUGCAGUUGCCAGCAUCCGAGCGAUGGAAUCAAAAUAGAAAAAGUGUUGCCGUCCAGGCGGCUGUUGACUCUUCGCUUCUCUACCUAUUUUGUCUGGGGGAAGAAACAUCGGAUUGUUAUUCCGCGAGAACUUGACGAGCAAAAGAGACAAAAAAUCAGCGUGGUAGGGAUAAUUAAAAAGUUACGUUGCAGUCUUUUGCCGAAUUAUGAUGCCCCUACCCCUACCCAACACGUAACCUAUUUUGCAAUAGUAAGGGGUCGUGCACAAAUUACGUCACGUAUUAGGGGGGGGGGGUUGAAUAACCUGACGACCCAUACAAAAAAUUUUGAGAUCUCAUACAAAAAGUGUGGCAUAGGGGGGAGGGAGGGGGGGUUGAAAAUGGCCGAUUUUUGCGUGACAUAAUUUGUGUAUCACCCCUAAGGUUAGAAGCAAAAUCAGAUACUCCUUAGUCUCCCUUGAACAAUACGUCAUUUCAGUAACAAAUUUUGAAAACGUCGUAUAAUCAAUGAUGUAGCAUUGAUUAUACGUCGUUUUCCAAAUUUGUUACUGAUUUAUAGAUGAUCCGUUGUUGAUCUUGUAGAUUUUAGCCCGCUGAUGAGAGCACGAGUAUUGAAUAGAACUAAAAUAAAUCGAUCAUGUUGUUACUUUCGCCCAUAUUCUAACUCAAUCUAGAUUUAAUAACGAAUGACGAUUUCUAUUCUGCAAUUCUUGUAAGGAAUAAUAUACAAUGUUUAUUUUCCCAGCAACUUGUUAAAUUUUGCGUAUGCACGCUAUAGUAAGCUAAAGCAGUCACUUUAAAAUGCAUAUAAAAAUAAAUGUUGGUUUAAUUUACUUUGAACGAUUGUGCAUCGUAUAAGUCACGCACCGUCUUGAACAUGUUUGAAACCUUGCGGCAACAGCUGCAAGCAAACCCGAGUUCACUGCAUCAGCAGUGCAGCUGAACCGCACUAAAACGUACACACCGUACACAGAUUCAUCGUGUUUGACAAUUUAGCCGUAUCAUGUUUACCCAUACUCAAUGUAACUGGUUGGUUUUCAGUCAACACAGCUCCGCUCAAAUGUCAACUAAAUGAAAAGGUGCAUUCGAUCAUUGGCUGGCCACGUAGGUAAACAAAACGAUGACGUGCUGAUGGGGCUGAGGUGAUUCUCCGAAAUUGUUGUUGUGUGCUGUGAAGAAAGCUGAUUCCUUCGGAUUACGGGAAGUAUUUUCAGGUAUUUUAAAUCAAUUUUGAAACCGAUACUUUGUGUUGUGUAUUUUUAGGUUCGUGGCACACAGCUACUUCACGAAUACCCGCCGAUGCUGGUGUAAUAAUACGCGUUCAGGAUGCAGAAGGGAUUUUCCAAAAACACAAUAUUAGUAGCAACAGACUGAUCCCGACUAAAUGAAGAAACCUACAGAUCUGAUAAAUUCGGUGGUUACGUACGUAAUUAGAAAAAAACGAGAGAAUUUCGCUUAUUGCAAGCCCAGUGAUACGAAGCUAUUAGUUAAAUACCGCUCGAGAAUUACAGUGCCACAGACAAAUAGACAUAACAAGUACAAUGGUAUGAAUAUUAAUAUUGGAUCAACGACACGAAAACGAGAAAAACUUUUAUAUAUACAGUGAAUGUUAGUGAACGCAUUAUACAGACACAUAGUAGGGUCUUGUUCCAUUUGGGCAGGUGUACCUAUUUUAGGCUCUUGCCGCUAUAACUAAGACAGUUUCAAACGGAUUGAUUUGAAAUUUUGUAUAGAAUUAGGUUCGUACAGUAUCUAACUCUAUACAAAAACUCAAAUCAAUCGGUUUGAAAAUGACUUAGUUAUAGCGGCAAGUACCCAAAACAGGUACACCUGCCUGUAGUAUCUGAAUAACAUAGUAUGUCAUAGGUUUGGGGAGUCAGUCUAUGAGUGAGUGAGAUACGGGCGGACAACAAGUACACGUGAAUAUACGAUGUGCUACAAAGUCAUAUAGUCUUGUUAUUCAUCAGUAUGAAUCAUCUGAAUUUUCCAAAUACAAUACAGAAUAUUAUAUUGGCGACGAGGAGAAAAUGUAAGUACUUUUGUAGUGGUUCUGAAGAGUUUGAAUUUGCAAUUCGUGAAAUCGCCAUCGCCACACAUUCUAUAGAAUUUUCGUUAACCGUUGAAUCAGGGUGAAAAUUCACCAUGGAAACCACUGCGAAAAGUUUCAUCGAAGCUUUAAUGAAAUGAGCUUUUGAAAUGUUUCAUGGUUAUGGAUAAAGCUAUGAGAGUGGUAACGCAUGUAACACAACUUGGGUAGAAGGAAAAGAUGAACUGUCAAAACGGUGAAUCAAAGAAGAAUGAAUCAAAACAAAAAUGUGAUUGUGUUUCUUCUUUCAUUGAUAAAUAAUUUUGGUUCGGAUCACAUCAUUUAGUUGAUCAAUGGAUUUGUUUGUUUUAGUUUAUUGUUUAUAAAGUGUGAAAGGAUACUUUUGUUACAAUAGAUUGAAUGGAAAGGAAAUCGGGAAAAUUGACAAAGCGGAGUGCAUAGAGCUUGCU